AUGUCUGGUUCCGCAGACGUAAAUCUGCAAUCAUUGCAAGCGCAUUCGGAUUUUCAAAAGCAGCUUGGCGCUCGCGAAUGGCACCUCAACCUCAGAGCUGGUCCGGACUGUAUCCUAAUCCUGGCUGAAGCAUUGUUGGUUGUCUCCAGGCGGGAAGCUAUGGCACUUGACUUAUCGGGUCCAGGCUUAAAGUAUGAGAAGCUCUACGCAGACCUGAGGAACUGCGCUGGGGUUGGGGGGGAAACCUUCAAAAGAACUGGAGAAAGAAUGAAACAGGUCUGCCGCUUGGCUGAUGAACUUGGGAGACCUGGUGGCUUAGUAUAG